CCUGCAGAUGUAGGAGACUGGUGAAGAAGUGAAAGCCGUGAUGAAUGUACCCUCCAUAGAGCACGGAGAGGCAAACGUGCCUGUCCUGCAGGGGCUGUGGGAGUCUGUGAGGGCAGGGCAGGAGGAGAUCCUGCUCUCUCCUUACUUGCCGGCUUCUUACGCCUUCUUGACGCACGUCAUGCUCUGCACACCUUUCCUCGCGCUGGACGCGCUGGGCAGCGUCUGUCAGCGGGUCCGGUUGUGGAGGUUCGACGGAGGUUCGGGUCCGCCGCCGUCCGCCAAGCGAUGGUUUGAGUGUUUUCUGAGGGUGAUGUGCAGAUACCUGACCUCCGUCCUCCCCGCCACCGCGCUGUUUCAGACUCUGAGGAGCCCCAGGUUACCGGAGCUGGCUCCGUCCUGCUGGCAGCUCUUUGUGGAAGUCUUCGCAUGCUUUCUGCUUUUUGACACGCUCUUCUUCAUCUGGCACUUUACCAUGCACAGGGUUCCUUGGCUAUACCGCAACAUCCACCAGCCGCACCACCAGCACCACGUACUCUUCGCUCUGGCAGCUCAGGACGCCAGCUCGGCCGAGCUGCUGUCUCUGCUGCUGCUCGCUCUGAGCAGCACCUGGGUGGUGGGCUGCCACCCUCUGAGUGAGGCCCUCUUCCACCUCAUCAACAGCUGGCUGGCAGUGGAGGAUCACUGCGGCUACGACCUGCCCUGGGCUCUGCACAGACUGCUGCCCUGUCUGGGAGGAGCUCCUUACCACCAAGCCCACCAUAAUCGCCACAAUGGAAACUACGCCCCCUACUUCACGCACUGGGACCACCUCUUCGGCACAUACCAUGCAUCGGUGCAGUAUUCACGUCCAGGGUGACAAAACUGUUGCAUGCAGGAAACUGAGGAUUGCUGAAAAUCCUGCAAAAAAUUUAAGAUACAAUGAAGGAUAUUUUCUGGAGAUUUUGGCUGUUUUUGAACAUCUUGUCAUACGCAUACUUCAUGACUGAUGUGAUCCAACAGUUUACAGCAAACCAACCUCGCUAUUGCAGUAACACAUCAAGACAUUUUGACAGUUGUGACCACAAAAUGUUAUAUAAAAAAAUGACUGAAAUCUGCAUAAUGUCCUUGGAAGACUACACAGUAUAUGUCUCCUUGUCAGUGAUACCAGAAUUCACUAAGUUCACGGACAAACAUCUUGAUCACAUACAUCAGGAAUCAUCCAUCAGGGCCAUUCUAACGCACAUAUCUACAGCUGUUGUACAGCAAGUGAAUGCAGCACGAGAUGAGGAGAGAGCGGGGGUGAUGCAAUAAAUCAAGACUUGCCUGAACCAAUGUGCAGCUAAUUUGCCCUCCUGACACGAGUGUGUCUUUGGACGGAUUCAAAUGCUUUUAUAUUGAACACAUAAGGACGACAAUAUGUGACAUUCAUCGCUGAUCAAAUGUGCAGCUAAAGGGAAAACCUCGAUUCUGAUUGAAUGUCUGCACUGAGCUGAUAUUUACUCAUGCUGGGCUACUUUGCUAACUUCUUUAAGUGCAACAUUUUGGGAAUUGCUUUCACUUGCUGUCUUGCAGAGAGUUAGAUGAGAAGAUUGAUCCUGCUCAGGCAUGAGAGUGGUAUCAGUGUCUUCUCAUCUAACUCUUGGCAGGAAAGUUAGUCCUUUGUGCAAAACCUCAAUAGCUUAGUCAAACUGUGUGUUUAAGUAAAUAUUUAAAGCAGACAUUCCUCUUUUAACCAAGGCUGUUGUAUAAUUGUACCAUGUUUAUUUGAUGAACAUUUUGUAAGGAAGAGUAAGUUUUUUUAAUGAAUCACUAUUUCUUUACAAAAGGCUUUAGAAAUACUGGGCUUGAUAAGCAUGCAAGUAGCAGGCCAUGGACUCGGAGUGUUGUUGUUCACCUCAGUUUCUGUAUCACUGCUGUGGUUAGUCAUUUUUAUGCCGUGGGCCUCUCAGCUGUCUACAGUCUCUGCAUUGAGCUCUGGACUGAGCAAUCAAAACCACAUGUUCUUCAUAAUGAGAAGCCAUUCAGGCACUGUUUGCAGUUGUAACACGUAAUUAUUAUUUUUUUUUUACUACAGAGGCAUUUUCAUCAGCAUCCUUAAAAUCCAGUAAAAGCAUCAUCAUCAGCUGGAAUCAUGGCAGGAGAUUUGUGGAUGCCUGUCUGUUGGCACAGAUGCUCUUUUUACAUGAAAAGUUUGAGAUUGCUCAACACUUCAUGACUCUCCACGGGGAGCCACAUGCUAUUCUUGCAGGGAGAUGUGUCUUUUUAUGAGCGUGAUUUAAACAUGUAAUAAUGCAGCACUUAUAAAUUACAUUUUUCUCAUAGACAGCAGCCUGCACAAGAACAACUAAUAAUGAAAUUUUGAGGCUCUCUGGGUAGUGAAAUUCAUGACUGUAAGUGAAGAAUGACUGUUGUACUUUUUGUUCUGACUUGCACUGAAGUAAUUUGCUGAGAAAUCAGUCUGAGGGUAAUAUUUCUUGGACUGCAUUGGCAUGUGAACUAUACUGGACAUCUGUUUUUCAUUACGGACUCUUUCAGCGGGCUCUCUGAAAUUUCGCAACAUCACAGUCAAACAUAAAUUGUUAAAAGGUGUUUACACUUUUGAAGGCGCUUUUGCAUAUGCUCAAGAAGUAAUGGUUGAGUAAGCUGCUCUUUUCCUGCCAAAUGAAGAGACUCAAGGAAAGAGUAAAGGAUGAAUACUGGGUGGCGGUGUUGCCAAGAGAUGGAGUGAUAAACAUGUGACCCAUAACGGAAACAAUCAGGCCCCAUUACAGACCCCACGUCAGAGUCAGGGCGAGUCAUGCCACUUUGGAUGACACACCAAAACACACGUUCGCAUUCGACUUCCUGCAGCCAACGUCGUGAUGUCAGGCACUGGAGCAUUGCAGGAUUCUGAAGCACUCUGUACUGUGUGUACAGCAGGAACUGUUCAGUUUGUUUACUUGUUGUUAGGUGUGCUCCUAAGUGAAUCACGUAGGCUAAAUCCUUCACAAACUCCCGCAAAACAACAAGAAGUCACAUGAAUUCUGUUGACAGACGGAGCCAUGUCAAAACAAGAGGGAGAAAAAGCAGAGAGCGCUCUCCACCAGACCUUAUCAUCAGAGCGCAUGCUAAAAACUUCCCGGUUCAUCGUAUUUCCAGAAAGUUUGCCAUUCGGUGACAAAGGCCAGAUUCAUAUUUCUUUAACUAUUCUGUAAAUAUUUAAUUAGUGAGCUGAACAUAGCUGAGACCGCCUGUUGUCACAGUAACUGGCUGGGGGUUCUUGCCCUCUGGUCUGUAACCAUUUUUAGAUGACCUCUGCUCCCAUCUUACAUGAGAGCACCCGACUUGUUUGCUUUCGGAAGCAUCUCAGUGCACUUGUCAAUAGUGGGCUGUUGUCAUAGACUUAUUUUGAACAGCCACCAUGAAGGUAACAAGCUUCUAAAACUGCAACUUCAGUUCCAAUACACUGUUUUAAUGAAUUUUACUUUCUGGUGACCCACAAAAGUGAAACAAACAUUUGAUCAAAACAGGACGCCAGGAUUUAACUGCAGCGUUACAUAAUCAUGUUUUUGUACUUAUGUAGAGAUGGUAUUAUGAUUGCAUAAGUACUAUGCCAGUACCCAGACAUACCUCUCACAUGCACUUUUGCAAUCUGUUUGUAAAUUAGUCUCUGUAAUAACUGCAUUAAAAUUGGCCAUUGGUUGCCAAAGCAUCUUAUAGGAAAUGUGUUCA